AUGUUCAAAGAGAUAAAAUAAGAAUUGGCGUAAAAAUAUAAGUAAUUAGAAUUAGAUCAAAUUGAAAUAAUGCAAAAACUAUAAGCUUAUAAAGAGUCUGCAUAAAAUAAAUAAUAUUUUGAUAACAAUUCAUUAUUGAUUGAUGAUAUACAAAAUUCAUCAGUUCUUUUACUUUCUAAUACAUAAAGAGAUAUAGCAGAUAGAACAAUCUUUGAAUUAAAAAAAGCAUUAGAAGAAUGUGAAAGGGAUAGAGAGAAUAAAAUUGAAUAAAUUAACGAAUUAAAAAAAUAAAAUUAAAAAUUAUACGAGGAGUUAAAUGUUACAAAAAGUAUAGUUAUAAAAUCAAAUAAAUUACUUAAUGAGAUUGCUUCUUAAAAAGAAGAAUUGUUAAAUUAAAUAAAUAUGAUGAAAAAGCAUAAAUCGGUAGAUUCAUCCUUUUAUUAAACCUCGAUUACUGAUAUAACAAAUUAAGAUAUAUCAAUAUAAAUGAAUAGAAAAAAAUCAAUGUCUUAAUAUGAAAGUAAUGAUUAAAAAUAAUUGAAACAAUAUAAAAAAUUUACAGAUUGUGUUAAGGAUAUGAUAAUAAAGUUAUAACCAAAAUUAUAUGAAAGUAAAGAAAUAUAUAUAAUUAUUUUUUAGAUUAGAAUGUAUCAUUGUAAGAUGCUUGGAAAUGGUUGAAAAUAAUUAUAAAUGAUUACGUUUAGAUAGCAAAUACUAUAAAAUAGUUAAAAUAGAUUCUAAAUGUAGAAUAACCUUACAUAGUUUUGGAGGUUCAAUAAUUAAUUAACAUGAUUGUUUAUAAAUAAUGA